AACCAGACGCACCGGAACACCUUGCACACCAAGAUCCGACGAUGGUUCCAGUUUGUUAUUUUGGAUGUUUAUCUGGUUCCAGGCCUGUUCUGGUGAUGAAGCAGAUAGGUGUGCACAUGCAGAGACUGCAAGCUCGCAGCGGUUUCUGUGUUUGAUAAGGUGUUGCUUAUACAACUGCAGUCGAACCAAUAGUUUGCACAGCAGUGUUUUCUGCCACUUCCUGUCUCUAUGCAAAGCCUGUACAUGGGGAGAUGGAACUGUCAGGGGUGGGAAGUUUAUUUUUGUCAGCCACCGCUGAGCAAGAGGAAGUGGUGUUGUUCAGUGGCCUCUUAGAGGAGUAGGAUUGACCUGAAGCAUACAGAGAAAUACGCCAGAGCACGGCAGACAAGACGCUGUCUCCCCUUUCUUCCCAGCCUUGCAGGCUGCGAUCCCCCUGGACUCUGAUCAUCUCCCCUCAGCAGUGUUUUAUUGUGCUGACCAACUCAGACCAGUGGGACUGGACAGGAGACCCAGAGGUUCCCGCCGCUGGAGCUCUAAGCUGUGCCUGGCAAUGCCUCAGCCCAGCGUCAGUGGGAUGGAGCCUCCCUUUGGGGACGCCUUUCAGAACUACUCGUUUGCUGACCAGGCCCUAACCAGCACUGAGCUGCUGGCCACCAGCUCUGACCCAGAUUUCAUGUAUGAGCUGGACACAGACAUGAGCCACCAACAGAGCCCCUGCGGGGACAGCGUCGUGGGGGUCGGAGACGGAGGCAAAGAGGUGGAGGGAGGCGUGGAUCAGCUGAUGGGCCUGGGCGAGUGCGAGACGGUCCACAGCAGCUCAGCGUUCGAACAGUGGGACUCGUACUGGGAAGACCUCACCAGAUACACACGGCUGGCCAGCUGUGACAUCUGGGGAACCAAAGAAGUGGACUUUCUUGGACUGGAUGACUUCUCCAGUCCCUACCAGGAUGAGGAGGUGAUCAGUCGGACCCCGACGCUGGCUCAGCUCAACAGCGAGGACUCUCUGCCCGUCUGUGAGGUUCUAUACCCUCCUGUCGACCUGACGCUUCCUUGCUCCCAGCCCCCAUCCCAGCCGCUCCCCUCUCAAAACAAGAGACUCCAGGGGCUAGGCGUCAGCUCGGUGCGGCCGUCUCCGUGCUCCGCAUCCUCUUCCCAAUCCCGGCCUUCCAGAAGCCUUUUCGCAGACUUUCCUGAAAGCUCCCAAAAAGCAACCCGACCUGUUGCUUCCAGCACCGAGACCAUGGCUAAAACCCAGAACCAGCUCGGUCUCGCCCAGGACCACGCCCAGGCUCAACCCAAGCCUCCGGGUCGAGGGGCUAAGAUGGCCGCUCCGACGUCUCACAGCGCCGACUUUGUUCGGAAAGCUAAAGUUCGCAUCAGUUCUGGACCCAGACCCCAAGGCGAGGCGAUGCCCCAGACGGAUUUUGAGAGGUCCGAUCCGCCGCCGCCUCUCUCCCAGCCUCAAGACGAGAAGCCCUCCACUUCAGCAAGUGCCAUCUCAGUGGGCCAUGUCACCCCGCAACCCAGCGGCUCGGCCAGCCUGGAGGGCUUUGAGUUGAAGGCGGAGGGGGCGACGCGGCGGGAGGGGCCCGUCGGCAGGUCUGCUGCUGUUCCCCAGCUGGUAGAGGCAAAGCAGACCGUGUGCAGCACGUCCGACGCCGUGGCAGGAGUGGGCGGCGGCGGCGGGGUUUUGGUUGAAGAUCCGGAGCAGAGCAAGGAGGAAGAACACAACUACUCUCUGUUCCUGACCCGCAGCCGAGCUCUGACGCAGCUGGAGGAAGACGAGGAGGAGGAAGACGACGAGGAGCCAGAAGAGGACGAGGGCGAUGGGCUGGACUUGGACGAUGAAGACCACGAUGAAGGUUUCGGCAGUGAGCAUGAGCUCUCUGAAAAUGAGGAGGAAGAGGAAGAGGAGGAGGAGGAUGAAGACUACGAAGCAGACAAGGAUGACGACAUGAGCGACGCCUUUUCUGAGCCAGGCUGUGACAUGGAGCUGAUGGACGACAUAAAAGGCCUGACAGCUGGAGUCUCCAGCCGUAAAAGAGGGAAGCGCCGCUACUUCUGGGAGUACAGCGAGCAGCUCACCCCCUCCAAGCAGGAGCGGAUGCUGAAGCCCUCUGAGUGGGACAGACACACGCUGCCGAGCAACAUGUACCAGAAGAACGGGCCUCUCCAUGGAAAAUAUAUGCUAAAGAAAUCGCGGCGCACAGACGUGGAAGACCUGACUCCCAAUCCUCGCAAGCUGCUGCAGAUCGGCACGGAGCUCCGCAAGCUGAACAAGGUGAUCAGCGACCUCACUCCCGUCAGCGAGCUGCCGCUGACCGCACGGCCGCGCUCUCGCAAGGAGAAGAACAAGCUGGCGUCCAGGGCUUGCCGUUUAAAAAAGAAAGCUCAAUAUGAAGCAAACAAAGUGAAGCUUUGGGGACUCAGUACAGAAUAUGAUCGGCUACUGUUUGUGAUCAACGCCAUCAAGGAGGAGAUAAUGCUGCGAGUGGAGGACUCGUCUCCGCGCCCAACCAACAUGACCGAGACUCUGGAGCGGCUCAUCGAGGAAACGCUUGUGCCAUCGCCGGUUGCUGGGCAGACUUCGGACUUUGUCAACAAGAUCUUGGAGAACACGGGACGCGGUGACCCGACGGGAGGACUGGUCGGCCUGCGAGUCCCCACCUCCAAAAUGUAGACAAACCCUCCGUCCACCGAGAAGAGUGGACUCCAUAUUACCACCGUGCUGUCCGUUGUAACUAUCCUCCCUCUGCAUGCCCCUCCAGCUCAGAGUAAACACUCAUCGCCAGUCACUCAAACACACACACCACCUCCCCGUACGUGUGCUUGUCUUUGCCGUGCAGCUGUAAGGCACGAACCCUGGCUUUUCACGCAGCGUCAGUACAUCACUGUCUCCCCAACCAUGGUGGCCGGCUGGUGGGAGAAGCACGUUGAAAAGCAAGUGAUGGUUUGGUGUGUCUGGAGCAGCACGUUCUUAAAUCCGCUGGUGAUUGUUAGAUGAGUGUACCGUCGCCUGCUGCAGGCUUUAGGGACUGAGACUGGAGCUCAAACGAGCAUAACCACUGGAAGACUUUGUCUGAGAUGGUAAUAAAGACAGAGGAAAUCUUACAUGCCAGAAACAAUCACAGAUUGAUGAAGCAUAAGUUAUCAUUUAUACAAGGAGCUUUAUCCCAAAAAGCAAAAAAAGAGAAAAAAAAACAACAAAAAAAGAAGUUCCAGGAUGUUAAAUUGACCCCUUCACUGAAGCACUUUUACAAAAACGGCUCUGGUAGCCCAGAAAGCUGCAGAGGAGAAAAAAGCAGGGUGGCAGGAAAUAUUUAGUACUGAAGGCCUAAAUAAAUUCACGCCAUCCCCUGUUUGCCAAUCAACUCAACUGCUUGCAAAAACAGGCUUAGCCUAUUAGCGCAAGAUAUGAAACAACAAAAAAAAUGCAGUGGAAGAUUCAAGCGAUCACACAUCCUGCUGGUUCGACAUGUAACCUUAAUCAACAGGAAGUGGUUCACAACCUGAAUUGGAAAUGCAUGUAGCAUGGUGCUUUUUGGGGCUUUCUGGUGGUUAUAACUGGACUGGGAAACGAUGAUGAGGAUGGUGAUAAAGAUGACAUGAACAGCAAUCCAUCUCCUCCAGGAAACUGUAUAUAGAAGUGUCUCCCAGGCAUCAGCUCCUCCCUUUUUUGUACAGUAAAGUUGACCAGGCAGCGUGGUGGCGACAGUUUGAUGUGUUCAUACUAGUGUUUGAUCAGAGUUCUAUUCAUUGUGCCUUGUAUAUGUAUGUGUGUGUCUCUUUAAGUCUGAAUGAGUGUGUGUUAGAGACGGACUCGAGCUCCAGCUUUGGAGAGAAGGUUGUUAGGGAACGAGAGGAUGGACACAAGUUGUUUAAAGAUAUUCUGAAUGUACAUAAACAAAUGGAAGCUCUUGUUGCGUGAUGCCACAGAGUCUGUGUAUAUAGGAGGGCUCUGCAAUAGAUUCCUUUCGGUUUUUGGUACUCUUGUCUUUAGGGGCCUGGGAGGGGCGGGAUGGGGCGGGUUAACAGAUAUUUUUCCUUUAGGGUUACAACAAAUAUUUGCACACUAUAUUUUGAUUGUUUUUUGUACCAAAGACACAUGCAACGAAAAUGGCGACCAGCCAGUUAAAGUAAGGUUUUGCACAGCUUACCUGACGCCGUAUUGAAUGUAAGAAAUGUGGGAGGGUCAGGGAACUUCAUAGAACUGUGAAAUUAGUUUGGGUCCAAUUCUGUACAGAAAAGGAACAUUCAUUUGUGUCCCUUGCAACGUGGGCUUUUUCCUGUAGAUUUCUUUUGUUGCUUAGGAAGCAUUCAUUCCUGAACUGAUUCCUCCCUGCACAUGCUAAGUGUGUUAAUGGCGCUAGUUAGGAAACAAAAACAAACAAAAAAAAAACCAAGCGCUCACCUAGUAGAUAAGCUAAGUUACUUUUUUUUUCUUCUUCUUUUUUUGCUUGUCAAGAUGUUCCCUGAAAUAACCAAAAUAUUCCUGUGUCACUUGUUUGAUUUCUGUAUGUAGUCAAGGUCUAGUUCACAAGCAGAAUAUUAUCUGAGUUGUGUUUUAAAGUACUGUACAUAGAAGCAUUAAUGCUACAUCUAUGAGUUAUGAAAUGCCACUUUUUCAUGACAAUGAUUUGUUUUCAAGCAUGUCACAUUUCUGAAGUCUGUCCUUGCAUUUAAAAAGCUAGAGAAAAAAAAACUAACAAAAAACAGUAUAUUUUUGUAUUUCAGCUGCUUCUUAGACUUGCUUUUUGGUUUUUAGGUAUUCAUAGGUCAGAGAAUUAGUUAUGGAGAAAAAGAAGAGACGGGCUGAUCGAAUAAUCUUCUUCGCUGACUGUGUGAAAGAGAACGAGGACUGGAUAAUUUCAGACACGAUGUGGCAUAAAGCCGCCGUCAUUAGAACGGUCUGCAGGAAGAUGGAGGACAGACUGUUUUUGUCUUGCGGCUCAAAAUGAUGCUUCACACUGACCUGGAAUCAGCAGCUUUUACAUUUUAGUAGAGAAAUAAAAGAUUUGUGACUGAUUUUCACCCAAACUUCUACCUGCUGAUAUUUCUAAUUGAGAUUUAUAAUUAUCAGCAUUCAAAGCAUUUUAUGGCCUUAUAAGAGUAAUAAUCUUACACUGUGUGUGAGAAGUGAGUCACCAUUUUAGAACAAAGACAAAAUGAUGAUGAGAUUGACAUUUUCCAGCAGUUAGCAUUCCUAGACUUGAGCAGCAGUCUUUGUGUCUUUCCACUAGAACAUCUGGAUCCUUCCUUACCUCUGACAUAUUCCCAACAUUUCCCAAUCCAACAUGUUUUGUCAUAGAGAAGUUGGAAGCUCACAAACAAAAGAGUGAAACGUUGCAGUACUCCAAAGAGCCUUCCUGUUAUCUACUAAAAUGUGCUCCAUGCUAAUUUUCCACUUCAGUGAGACACAAAACUCCCCAAAAUGCAACAUGACAACGCUUAUCUCUGAAUGAACAGCCAACAUUUAUCUGCAGAAAAUACUUUAUUUUUUAACAGCUCAGUCAUUCAAAAAUAGACAACUUUGAGUCUUGUUCGCUCGGUAAGAACUUCCCCACUGAGGAGUGUUGCAGUUCGCAGAACGUUGUUCUUAGUUAUGGUGCAUUCGCUGACAGGAACAAAAAGUGUUUUCUACAGGCUGAGCUCAGUCAGAUUAAAAAUCGGGUACUUCUGGUUUCUUUGCCUCUAGUUUCAGAAUCAAUCAUUAAAUUACGAGACCUUUGCAUUCCUGGGAUUGUUACCUGUCGAGCUGCGUUGUUGACCUGUAUGCCUCGCCUUGCCUUACUGCAUCAAAAUUAGCUACUUACCAGUACAUAUUACACUGCUUAUGCCACACCAUGCGCUCUCCCACAUAACAUUUUUAUUUCCACCUGUUUCACCUAACAACUAAUUCUCCUCAAAUUAACCAUAGUCAGAUUUUAGGACUCAAAAUGAAUUCAUGAAUGAGUUUUUUUGAUUCCAGGGCAAUGUGAAGAUCAAAAGUUAUUUCCAGAGCGUUUUCUAAUGACUGUGAGCGUUCCUCUGUGUGUAUCUCAUGAUUGGGUAAUAGCUAAUUUCCUUUUCUGUCUAAAAAGGGAGAAAUGGUGCUUCUUUUCUGAAACUAGAAUGAUAAGUUUCCAAUAUUCACAUUUGACUUCUUUGACUAGUUGUAGCCUAAUGACUUGCUCUCCCCUUUCCGUCCAUAGUUAUUUUCUUAGUAGUUAUAUAUUUUGUAAAUAAGCUAUGAGUUAAGAUGUACCUUCUAAAUGUUAGUUAUAUGUAUAGAUUAUGUUAUAUGUUUAAAAAGACAACAGCACUUUGUCCAAAAAAAUGAAAAAACAAACAAAAAGAAAUGUUUUUUUUUUUCUUCCAUUUGCUGCUAAACGGCCUCGUGUGAAUGCUGCAAGUGUACUUGAUGACUACUUGCUCGGAUAAGUCUAUUACCUGACACGGCUAGGUCUAUGAACUAGCAAGUAAUAUACGCGUGUGGCCUGACGGGGGUUAGAUCUACAAAUUUUCUUGAGCCAUGAAAUGAUAUGAGGUGUUCAGAGGGAGGAAGAGAGUAUCAUUGCUUGGCUUUCAGGAAGUGCAGUGUCUUGACAGGAUCGGUCUAUUUCCUGGUCAGGGAGUUUGUGGUCUUAAACAAAACAAAACGAGAAAAAAAAAAAGAGGGUUUUGAUUCCAGGGCCCCUACGUUUGAUUCUGAUGCUGACCCCCUUGGCGUCAUGAUUCAUUUGCCUUCAGUAGAGGUUUCCUAUGGAAAAACUGAUUCUGCUUUGGCUUCCUCUUCAGGGCGAUGUACAGUGUAGACACAUUUCUUCAGAGAGCUAUAUUGUUAUCAUUUGUAAACUGAUUUCUACUUGUGACUUAAAGAGGAGGGGGUUUAGCCUUGGGCGGCCGGGAAGAGCUCGCUCCAAAGCUGAUUUUCCGGGCCGCCUUAGGGGAUAUUACUAUAUCACUGUACUGUAUGGCAAGCCAAUUACAAGUGGAGACUCAAUCCGGACACUUAUUGCCUUCUGAAAUAACUUCACACAAACAAAAAUAACAACAUGGCAGACAUGUUUGUAGCUAAAGGGACAUGCCUGGGGUUUAUAACAUUGUUCUGCCAGUCUGGUAAAAAAAACAACAAAAUCAUUCAGCCUGAUAGGCUCAAAACAACCUUGACUGAAGUAGCAGACGUGGCGAUCCAUAGCUGAAAACUGGUUUCAGAAGUCUGAACUUCUGGACUCGUGUGUCUUUUGUGAUGGUAUUCGAAGCCUUUUUCCAGCUGUGACCCGAUGCCAGGUCUGUCAGGGGGUCAACAGUGGUUAAAGGGCCGCUGGUUGACGGCCGGCCGACAUUAGAGGCGAGCAUGUUUUGCUGUCGAUCACGAGGCUGUAUUUUUAAGAGAGUCCUCACAGGUUUUUACAUUUAACAUGAUAGGCGCAAGCUGUGCAACUUUACAUUCAAUCCAAGAGACUCUGUGGCAUUUUAACAGUCAAGGAAAUGAGUGAGAAUCCACGCCAGUAAAACUAUUCCUUAUUCUUUUUAGUUCUAAAAAAAAAAAUAAAAAAUCCUAUACAGUAACUAUUAAGCUAAUAGAGUGUGUAACUUUGUGCUACUCUUGUUCAAUAAAAGCUACGUGGAUACCAUAAAGCUCUUCUUCAGCAAAUCAGGGUAAUACUGUUCUUCUAUCUGACAUGUGAUGACGUAUAAAAUCGAAAGAAAAAUAUAUUUAUGUAUUCCAGUUAUUGUCGCCAUUCUUUACUCUGUACAAAAAAUAUAUUGUCUGUCUGUGUGUUCUGAAUUAUCAAUGUCAAUCACUAUGGUGCAAUGCUCUGUACACAAAGUCAAAACAAAGGCCAACAGACUUUGACACAAAAAUUUAAAACAAACAACAAAAAAAAAAUUGAAUCUGCAACAUGUUCCCUUCAUGAAGGAUUCGACUCUGAUGUCCAGCUGUGAUCCAACUGGGGUUUGUCACAUGGUGCUGAUAAUGUUUGGUCAUCCAAGAAGUGCUGCCCUCCCUCCCCCACUCUUAAGUGUUUCCGUUAGUUUUCUGUAAAUGGUGGGAUUUUGCUGUUGGACCAGUAAGAAGAAGAUUCACAUGGGUUCUUUCUCUGAACAGCAGGAGUUUCUGUUAUUGACUUGUGUUAUAAAUGUUGCUCAGCUCAGCAUGACUUCUUUUGUAAAAGCCAGUUUCUUGGGCUUGACAAAACUAGCCAUAAUCAAAUAAAACAAUGUAUGUUAUUUCAGUUAUAUACAUUGUCAGAUCAUAUAAUUUCAGAGAAGUUUCCAUCUGUUUCACAGUAUAGACUCAUUGAUUAUUCAGUUAAAUUAUUAAUACCAUUCCAGAUGAAGGAUUAGAUUUCAUACAAAUCCUUUGAGGAUAUUAGCAGUGUACUUAUUUAUAGUAAUAUUUGGACUUGAUAGUUAUAGUAAAUACAAUAUAAUUGAAUUUUUUCACAAGCAAGAUAAACACAUUGAUUGGAAGACUUGAUAUAGCGUUUUAAAAUACGUAAUUUGUAUGUAUCUCUCACAUUUUUUAAUCCAUUACUGCUGAUUCCAGGUGCUGGAAGGAUAGCAUAAGUUGUAACAGAUUUUAGGAAAUAAUGGGGAAAAAAUACAAAGUCUUAGCACCAAAUUACCUAAACAAAACAGACAGACAAAAAACAAUCUAAAAUUAAAACUUUGGACUCAUUGAAACUUUGUGUUUUAAAACAAUUUAAAGAUUAUGUCUUAUAAAACCCGGCAACAUGCUAGCUUGUUAGCACUGAGGUUAGAUUCAUGCUAGCUUAAACUGUGGCAACAAAUGCCAUCUAAUAAAAACAUUGUUUUUUAUUCUGCUGUUUCAUUUAAUAAAAUAUUAAUAUAGUCUUUAAAGUAGUGAUUUAAAAAACCCAAAUUUUUUAUUUAUGGUCCAUACUAUUUAUUUGUAGUAAUUUUAUCCUUUUGAAAUGGGAAGAUUUGAAUUUUAAUAACUUGCAAAGCUAUGCAAACCUUGCCCAACCUCAAAAUUCAGAAACUUCACAUGUACCUGUAUUAAAGUGAAUUUUAGUUUAUUUUAUAUACUUGUGAAAGACACACAGCACUAUGAACAUUUAUUACAAUAGCUAACAACAAUUAGGUUUUGUAGUUCUGAAAUUAGUGUAAAGGAAAAAUGGUGUUUAAUGAAAGUUGUUUAAAAAAAUAAAUAUAAAUAUUUAUAACCACUUCACUUGCUAUAUUGUUGAUUUCUUUGCAUCUUGCUAUUGUUAUAAAGUUACUGCACUUAAGAUACUUUUAAAAUGAGAAAUAUUGAAUUUUAAAGCUGUCUUUUCAAACUACUGAAAGUUUCUUUAAUCUACUUGUUAAUUAAUUAAAUAUGCUGCGGCAUUAGCAUUUUUUUCAGCCAACAACUUACUACCUUAUUAACUCUGAUAAUAUCUUCAAGCUUAUAGGAAGGUAAAAAUGACAGCUAAUGUCUAGACAACUGUAAUAAAUGAAUAAUUGAAUAAAAUAGUUUGCUUACAACUUGAUGUAGUGACAAAAAGUAUUUAUAUUAUUUUAAUAGUAAAAAUAAGGAAAUAAGGUGAAGUGUAACAUUUGAUGAACUGCCAAGUCGCAUAAAUCUUUCCAAAAUCCUCAGUUCUGAUAUACAUAUUUAUUUAAAAAACUUAAUAAGCAUGCUUUUACUAGCAUUUGUAUUUUAUUCCAACACAUAGUGCGAUUAGCAUGUUUUAUUGUAGUUAGGAACAACUUACUCUACUCAUCCCAACUUGUGCUGUCCUUAUUUUUUAAGCCUGAAGGAAGGCAGCAAAUAACGUUUAGUUAAAAUAACGUCUGAAAAGCUGCUUGCAAAAGCAGUUUCAAUUGAUAGUCAGUGUUUUUACAGCUUGUUGCACUGUUUUCUCUUUUUAUUCCUUAACUGGCAUCAAUUUACAUAAAACUAGUGUUUUUUUUCUUGGAAACUUCUUAGUGUGGCAUCUAUAAAAUAAGUGUUAUCCAAAAUGUUUAUAUAAUGGGUUCUUUUGAUUCCCAUCUGUUGGCUGUAUUGUCAUGACCCAAAAGUCUGGCUUCCAGUUUUGUUUGUAUCAUUUCAAAUAUAUUCUGUUUUGCUUCAACGUACAACCCUAUUUUUGUAAAAUCGCCUCAGGUUUUGAGGUUGUCGCUUACGUUCCCUUUUGUUCUUCCCAGAAUGAGAAGCAGCAAGGCUUGUGUGCUUACAGAGUAACUUCUUGCAUUAAGCUGAGAGAAUUUGUUGCAUUUUAAUUCCCUUUCAGAUUUGGGAAAUGAUUUGGACAUAAGAAAUGGAUUUCAUUGUCACAAAGUUGUUGCAUGGCUUUUUGGGGCUCUCUGUACUCUCAGUGAUUUGAUUUUGUACUUGCUGCUAUUGAAUGAGCACAAAGAGGCUUGAGGAUGUUUAUGACAGAUUUCCAGUGUAUUUACCCUCCUUGUUUUCUUUUUUUCCCCCUUAUAUAUUUUUCCUGUGAUAGUCAAAAGACCAAAAGCAUUACUCACCUUGCCCUUGGUUUUUACACUUACAGAGAAAAGACAAUAUUUUGAAUUAUGAUGCCUGCUGAACCAGGUGCCUUAAUCAAAUAUACAAAAACACAAAUCUGCACCUUCUGUCAGUCUGGAGGGGAUUUCCCCACAGAAACAACGGACUGGGUUUUCCAAAACUUAAACUUGAAAUACAAAAAUAAACUGAAAACCUUGCUCUAACAUCCACACAUUUUACAGUGUAAUCAACCGUUAGCAGCAGAUUUAAACAGGUUCUCCCUCCCGGAUGUUGCAUUACUUUCCGACGGUAUUUCCCUUUAGUAUUAUAGUGGAACCCGAUGUUGUUUUGGGAAACCCGGUUCUAUUUUUUGAAACUCUUUCUCUGCCCACUACGCCACAAUAUCGUACGUUGUUUUGGCUGCUGCUGCUGCUGCUGCUAUCACCGCUGGUGUGUUUGUGUAGAGAAGAGCAAACUUCCACUGUGUCAGUGACAGAGGGAGACUCGGGGCCUGCUUUUUACCUGGUCAAUAUCAAUGCAUUCUUCUUCUUCUGAGGUUUUGACGUGGUGCACUGUGUUGCUGCCUCUUGAGACCUUUAUGUGACAGUAAAAAAAGGAAAAAAAAAAAAAAAAGAACACUUUCCAUUUUUUAACUUUGCUAUAAUAAAGUGCCAGACCCCUCCGUGAAGUCAGUGUUGGCACUGAGUCGCAGGUUGCGGAUGAAGCGACAAACUGAGCAUGGGGGUGAACCGUGGUGCUAUAAUCUGUCCCUGGCUGGGUGCUACAGUAACAUGGCUGUGUUGAAUUUUAGCCAUAUUAUUCCUUCUGUUGAUGACUCCGGUCAGUCUGGUGUUUCUGACUGCUGUACGCUGACAUAGCGAGGUAAAACUCCUCCGCUGCUGCUUUGCUGAUGAAUGUAGACUCGUCUUCCUCAGCAGGAUCACACAGACAGAUGAAAGAGUGUCUGGAGAUUUUAUUUCUUUCUUCUUCGUAUUUGUUUUGGAAGCUCAAAGGGAGACUCUGGUCAUUAUGAUAGAGAAAGAUCUCGAAUGUUAUAUUUUUAUGUGGCUACUCCUGCUCAUAUGUUUAAACCUUUUCUAUCGUUAAUAUUAUAGUUUGAUAUUUAUGCUAACUCUGUCAAAUGUUUAUAUUGUUUUAAAUUAUAUUUUAUAUUUUCCCCUACUCCCAGUGUUUAUAAUAUGUGAUAUUUAUUUGUGAAGGCCUGUAAUUUAAAAUGCAAUGAGACAAAUAUGAUUAAAUUGAGAUUUUAAAGUAUUUCCACUGAGGAUAGAAAGUCAGACACACAUCUUGAGAUUCACAGGUGCAAAUCACAAUGAAACCACAAUGACUUCGCAAACUUAAUCUCUCAUUUCUGGGAAAUUAGUGGCAAAAAUUCAAUAAAUCAGCAAUCGAUUGGGCAUUUUCCAAUCUACUCCAAUUCUAUUUCUUUUCCUAUUUUGAUAACAUCUAUAGCACAGAGCAUAUUUUCUGGCAAGGAUAAUCACAUUUAUGCUUUAGACUAUUUUUAAAAUGUUUUUAUACCAAACUCUUCCAAAACUGCAUCUGUGGUUGAUGUGUGUUUUAGACCAAAAUCUGCUGCAUUCAGCUUUUUGAUGCUUUAAUGAAUAGAAAAUAUCUAAAGAUUCAGAAGUUGACCUGCCAGUCAUGGUAAAAUUGAUAGAUUAAUAUCUAUAAUCAAUUAAGAUUUGUUAUUUAAUAGUAGACUUGUUCUUAUUUCACAAAUCUGAAAAAUAACCAUUCUUAAAAAUCAAUUUCAACAAGUGCACAAUGUAAGAUGCAAACAUGUAUGUAUAUAUAUAUAUAUAUAUAUAUAAAGAGUCUUUUAGAAAAUAAUAUUCAACUAAAGAUGAGUAUUGAUUACUUUUAUGAUUAUUUAUCUCUCCUAUUGACAUUUUAACUACUGAGAUAAAUAAAUUGAGAUGCUGUAGUUAAGUCCAUGACUAUAAAAUAUAAAAUAGUUUUUCAUGUACAAAUUGUGAACAGCCUAAACAAAUAAGUAAAUCUUUAACCUGGAAUAACUCAUUUGUAAUCUCUUUUACCGAUCAAAGUGAAAAUAUGCAAACAGCAAUCAAUUUGAUUAAUUCUUAUUAUUACGACUCAUAUUGAGAUCCCAACCACCAUCUUGUAAUCAGAGUAUUAAAUUCUCCUGACAGGAUUUCCUUGCAAACUACCGCUGUGAGGAUAUUUUUUAUUCCUUUGCACUUUCGAAGGACUUGAAUGACUGAAAUAAAUCAAUUCAAGUUAAAGAGUUAAAUAGCUUUAAUAUAUAAAUAAGCACCUUUUGACCCUCAGUUUAAACGUGGUGAUAAACCACUGUCCUUUAUUUAUAAAUGAUAUGCAAGUUUCCCUGAAUAAUAUUUCACUGAGUGGUGAUAAAUUUCUGCCUGUGAAACUCAUGAAUUGUUGUUAAAGGUUCGAUGCGGUCCAAAGGUUACAUCAAGCUAAACCAACGUUUAGCGCUCUCCUUAGAAGAUGGCUCAUUUGCCGUUAAAAGAACUUCAGUGGAAAUGUUGAGAUUUUUACCACGUUCCCUGUUGUUGUUGUUUUUUGUUUUGUUUAAAUUAUUUCUUAAGCUCUAUUUGCUUUCUUUUUAAGAAGGGCUUGGUUUGCAGUGUCUUGUCUCGUAGCCCCGGAGAUUAGUAAGGGGCCACGAAAGGCUGGUGGGCAGAGACCCCUCACCUUCCCCUGUAGUGAAUAAAUACGGCAGGGGUUCAUCUCCUCUUCUGCAGACUGAUUUAACUAAAGCAAAAAACGACCCAUCUUUGACAAUAACGGCAAAACUAUCUACUUUUCCACUCGCCAAUCUUACAAACCAACACUGCAGUGAUUUACAUCUCCUUCCAGACUUGCCAAAACACACGAGAGACGUUCAACAAAAAGAAAAAUGCUUCUCUUAAAGUAAAGCAUCUGUUCUGUUUAUUUUCUUCUGUUUCUAAGAAUAAGAGCAGACAGUACGUCAAUUUUUAGUAGGAAAUCCAUACAAGCCCAAACAUUUGGAGAGGAUGUGGAAGGUAUCGGCCAUCCUGAGCUCCACAUGCCAUUGUUAUGAUGCUUCUGGUCUUGUAUGGUAACUUAUUCUACUAGAUCAACAGCAUGGGAUCUUUCUGUAGUUAGUCCUGUGUGUGUUCCUCUCCCCAGUUUCAGUAGGAAGGCUGUACUUCAUUGCCAAGUGCUCUGUAAUAGAUCUCUUGGUGAUUCUAAUUUGGUAAAGAAGCAAAACCUGCAGAACGUGUAUCCUGCUGAAACUAACUUGAUCCUCUCUUUAGCAAUGACGUCUAUAUUUGUAGUUCACAUAUAUGCCUGUUUAAAUACAAUAUCUUGACAUGUGUUAUAUUUAUGUUAUAUAAUAAAUGUUGUGCUGGGUUUAUACUUUUGGUUUAACUUUUUUCUUUUACAUUGUAUUUGUUUUUGGAGGCACAGUUGGUGGCUUUAUGCACAGGCAUAAGACUUUUUUGUUUUUUCUCGGUUUGUACUGUAAUGGCCCAUUCUGUUUCAGUUUGACAGUUUUUGUCAGACACCUGCCCUGAAUCUCUGUUGUGUUCUUGUGCCUCUUUAUUUUUUCUAACUUUGUGUUAAAUCAUUCUUUCUUUUCUGUCAUGUAUCAGCCGGGUGUUGGUACUGCAGCUCUGCUUGUAACCACGUUAGUCUGAUUAUGUUUAUUGAUUUUAAUAUCAAAACAAUAAAAACCAUUAGCACCCCA